CGUCACUGCGACUCGCUUUGAAAACUGCAAUAAGGGUGCGAAUACCGUUGAGAUAAUCCGUGGGGUUUACUGUAUUCAUAUCUGUUAUUUUGGGAGUCUUUUCAUCUAUUUAAGAAUUGAGGUGACUCAUUGGAACAUUGAAUCUGCCCUUCUCAUUAAGGACCUUGUAGGACUGGGAUCACCUGCAAGCCCCUGACGCGAUCUGACAUUCAUCGAUCAUUCGUUAUUUUUGCUGCUUUCAUAAAACAGUUAGCAAUGGCGUAUGAUGGGGCUGGCAUCUCAGCUCCUUCAAAAACUGAGUGGACACCGUCAUCCUGGAGAACGAAGCCAAUAAAGCAAGAUGUCACAUAUGAUUCAGCAUCCGCACUUACAGCCGCCCUGACGAAACUUGAAAACCUCCCCCCAAUCGUCACACCAACUGAAAUCAUCAAACUCAAAAAGAGUCUCCGCGAUGCUGCUCUGGGGAGAGCCUUCCUUCUCCAAGGUGGCGACUGCGCCGAACUAUUCUCCUACUGCUCUGACGACCCCAUCGAUUCCAAGAUCAAGCUCCUCCUCCAGAUGAGUUUAGUCCUCAUCUGGGGCGCCAACAAGCCCGUCGUCCGCAUAGCCCGAAUGGCCGGCCAAUACGCCAAACCACGGUCCAGCCCCAUGGAAACCAUCGAUGGCGUGCAAAUGCCCAGCUUCCGCGGCGACAUCUUGAACGGCUUCGACAUCGCUGACCGCACCCCGAACCCGGAGAGACUCGUCAGUGCGUACUUCCACUCCGCGACGACGCUCAACUAUACGCGCGCGCAGCUCUCAAGCGGCGUUGCGGAUUUGCAUAACCCGAUGGACUGGGGCCUCGGACACGUCCGCGACAAAUCGCUGCAGUCGAAGUACCAGCGCAUCGUGGCGAGCAUCUCAGAUUCUCUCCGCUUCAUGCGCACCGUUGGCGCAGAUACGGCGGGACAGCUUCAGACGGUCGAUCUGUACACGAGCCACGAGGGCUUGGUGCUGGAGUACGAGCAGUGUCUUACGCGACGUUUACGGCAUCCAGCGAACUACGACUCUGCGAUCACGUCGGCGGAUAGGAAAGGCUGGUACAAUACCUCCGCCCACUUCCUGUGGAUAGGCGACCGGACGCGGCAGAUAGACGGCGCGCAUGUGGAGUACUUCCGUGGGCUGGAGAACCCGAUCGGUAUCAAGGUGGGCCCGUCUAUGAAGAAUGAGGAGCUGGUUCAGCUGCUCGAUAUCGUGAAUCCGCGGAAGGAGGUGGGGAAGAUCACGCUUAUUACGCGGUACGGGGAAGAUAAGGUGGAGAGCAUGCUUGGGCCGCAUAUUGAGGCGGUGAAGGCAAGCGGGCAUGUGGUUGUUUGGCAGUGUGAUCCCAUGCAUGGCAACACCCGCAGCACCCCCACCGGCAUCAAAACCCGCCACUUCAGCAGCAUCUUCUCUGAGCUCUCCUCCGCGCUGAAGAUCCACCAACAGCACGGUUCCUUCCUCGGGGGCAUGCAUCUAGAGCUGACGGGCGAUGCGGUCACGGAAUGUGUAGGUGGGAGUGAAGGCCUGAACGAGGAGGACCUGAGUCUGAACUACACAACGUACUGUGAUCCUCGACUUAAUGAGAAGCAAGCUCUCGAAUUAGCGUUCCUGGUUGCUGGACACUAUCGUGGCGAGGUUGUUGAGAUGGGUGAGCUGUGAGACGGAGCUGGGAUGUUUGACUCGCAUUCAUUGGCGGAGUUUAAAAGUGAAUAGAUCUGCAUACACCUUCUGUCUUGCUUGUGGUUCCGUGAUAUACUGAUAUGAGUCUGGAGUGAUGCUGCACGGAUCCAGUCUUUGCAUGCAAGUAGUACGCCUCUGCGACUGUCUGAGGUGGCCUAGCUACUCCACCGAUCAUCCAAGCUGAUGAAUUUAUCUCUUGGUUGUAUUUCUGAAAGUUUGUUGGAG